AUGUCAUUCACCGCAGCCCACAAAACCUUAUUCAGCUUUAUUCGUCGCUACCGGAUCCCUGAAAACGGUCGCGUUUACUUCCAUUUGUCCAGCGGACGACUCCGGAAGUCCUUCGAUUAUCAUGGUUUUUUAGCGAAAGAAUGGUUAAAUGGAAGUGGUCGUGUGGAUGCUACGCUACAGCAAAUGGCUCCUACCUUGAAUUCCAACGAGAACUUUGAAAUGAAUGAUUCAUUCCAGAUUUCUUUUACACAUGUCCGAAGUUCACCUCGUGGAAGUGGUGAAAAGAGAAAGAUGAAACCUGGCCAUUCGCAUCCUGAGACUUUCAAACGCAUGAAGCAAACUGUGGUCACCAUCAAGAAUAACGACAGCCUCUGUUGUGCUCGUGUGAUUGUUACUGCCAAAGUUAAAGUGGAUGGCCAUCCUAACUGGGGAAGUUUCAAAGAUGGUAGAUUCAAACUCAUACAGCCAUUGAACUUCAUGCUGAAGCUAACGUUCCGUUCGUUCCAUGUGGCUGCGAAGAACUGACCAAAUUUGCAUUGGCUCCCAGUUUGUGCGAUUUCCAACUUUUACUA